GUGUCUGGGCUUCACCUGACGUCCCGGCGUGAACACGCUGUUCCACAGAGAUAAUGACCAGCAGGAGUCCAGAGAGGGGAGCAGAGUCAGUGUAAGAUAAGGAAAUGGUUGGUCAGAGCUUCUCCUUCCUGAAGCUCACGUAACAGCUCUCCAGCCAGCAGUUCCCCCUGGGGAAUCGCAAAGGGCGCCUCCUAAACUCAGCUCAUUCCUCAACCUGCCACGCUGAGUGUUUGGACCGAGGCCAGGCACCGUAGAGAUGGACCAGAACGCAGAGAUGCGCUCAGAGGAGGCCGAGCGACGGGAGUGUUUCUGAGUGUUAUGUCUGUCUGAAAGAGAAGCUGUGGAAGGGAGCAGGGAGCCUCUGGUCUCCUCUUCAGCACACAGUGAGGUUGUAGCGCCGAUGCAGAACAUCCUCGAUCAGAACUUAGACAUGGCCACAGCUCUACUCGCUGGCGAGAAGCUGAAGGAGCUGAUCCUGCCCGGCUCCUCCCAGGAUGAGAGGGGCGGGGCGCUGGCCAGCCUCAUGGUGCAGCUCAAACUGGAGCUGCCGUUUGAUCGCGUUGUGACGAUAGGGACGGUCAUCAUCCCCAUCCUGCUGGUCACCCUCGUCUUCACAAGGAACUUUGCAGCUUCAGUCUGUGUUCUGGGAAAAGAUGGAAAAGAGGAGUCCAUAUACUGUUACACACCACACAACUUCACCAGAGACCAGGCACUGUACGCACGAGGCUACUGCUGGACAGACCUGCGGGACGCUCUGCCCGGGGUGGAGUCUCACCUUUGGCCUUCGCUGUUUGAACACAAGUUCCUGCCCUACGCCCUGCUCGCCUUUGCUGGCAUCAUGUACAUUCCCGCUUUGGGCUGGGAGUUCCUCGCCUCCACACGGCUCACUUCAGAGCUCAAUUUCCUGCUUCAAGAGAUUGAUAACUGCUAUCAUCGAGCUGCCGAGGGCCGAGCCCCGAAGAUCGAGAAGCAGAUCCAAUCCAAAGGUCCCGGCAUAACGGAGCGGGAGAGGAGGGAGAUCAUAGAGAACGCGGAGAAGGAGAAAAGCCCCGAGCAGAACCUGUUUGAGAAGUAUUUAGAGAGACGAGGCCAAAGUAACUUUCUGGCUAAGCUUUACCUGGCACGCCACCUGGCUAUUAUCUGCCUCAGUUCCAUCCCUAUUUCCUACCUGAGCGCCUACUAUGCUCGCCAAAGGCAGAACGAGUUCACCUGUGCGCUGGGUGAGCCUCCAGACAUUAGCAGCUAUGCAGAGCUUAAGAUCAGAGUGAACUGUAAGCUGCCCGCUGUGCAGCUGCAGCGCAUCAUGGCAGCUGUGGAUAUCUCUCUGCUCUGCACUAUGAACCUCAUCAUCCUGAUUAAUUUGCUGCACUUGUUUGUCGUGCGCAAGUCCAACUUUGUAUUCGACAAGCUGCACAAGGUCGGUAUUAAAACACGGCGGCGCUGGCAGAAGUCUCAGUUCUGUGAUAUCAACAUCCUGGCCAUGUUCUGCAACGAGAACAGGGACCACAUCAAGUCGCUCAACCGGCUGGACUUCAUCACCAACGAGAGCGACCUCAUGUAUGACAAUGUGGUCCGGCAGCUGCUGGCUGCGCUUGCACAGUCCAACCACGACGCUACGCCCACUGUGAGGGACUCUGGGAUUCAAACCCUCGAUCCCAACAUGGAGAUUGGAGUGGGGGAGAUGGGUGGGGAGCCGCUGGUCAUCAAACGACCCCGCAAGAAGAUUAAAUGGAUCCCAAGUUCAAAUCCUCUUCCUCAGCCGUUCAAGGAACCUCUAACCCUGACACGCCUGGAGAACAACACUAAGCCCGAAAAACCCAAACCAGUCAGACGAAAGACGGUGGCAGACAACUUCAUCGCACCGCUUCUGGACAGCAAAAGCACACAGUAUCCUGCAACGAAAGAUCUAAGUGGGAUGGAGAAAAAGCACGCGCGCAACUUCUCCCUGGACGUCCAUCCGUACUUGCUGACCAUUCGUAAGCCCAAGGUGGAGGCCACAACCGUAGAACCUCUCCCCUCAGAGCACAACAUGGACACAGUGUACCUCGAAGGCACGCACACAAUUGUUCAUGUGUCCGGGGCAAUUACAGAAACUAAGGUGUGCUCUCCAGAGUCGACCAACACUGCCUUUUCUACAGUGACCCUGCCCACCACUUCUUACGUCAACGGCGUGAGCCCGAACCCUCCCUCCAGCGAGGACCCCCUCAGUCCCAAGUCCUCUCCUCCUCAGAGGGAUCCCCUCGCCCCGACGCAGAACCCCGAGUGUCAGCCGCCGCCUCUGACCAGAGCCCCUACGCACCAGCUGCUGAGCAUACAUCACACUCUCUUUGAGGAGGAUGAGGAUGAACAGAACCGCAGGGACAGACUGGCAGAGAGACCAGGGGAGCUCAUCGCCGCUGGGGAAUGUUGAAGAAGGCGACGAAGAGGAGAUACCGACACUCGACACUACACUCUGCACACAUGACCUCCAUGUCAUCACCUCCUAUCAACAGCCACCUCUUUAAAUUAGCUCACACAGUCAUGUGAUGGCUGGAUCGGACAGAUGCUGGACGGAAACACAGGACUUUUAGACUUUUAGACCUUUUAGAUGUGAAAAUGACUCAGAGAGGGUUAGACAAAAGUUUGUGUGUUUGUUAAUGUUGAGUGUUACUGUAGGAAACGAUGUCACAUUCACGUCUCAGGAUGACUGUGUACAGCUAAACACCCUCCAAUGAAACCAGCAGUGAUAUAAUUCAACAGGGUGCUACAGUGCAGGGUUUAAACAGCUACAUCGAACAAGGUCUGAUGAAAGGACGAGCGGCGCUGAGAGAUGAGUGAGCUCUCUAUGAAAAAAAAAACAAAAAAAAGAAAACAACACACACCUUUGAGACGCAUAUCUGCAAAGAGGACUGUUUUAUGGCUUCAAACAAAACGUAUUUUAAACACAUAUGAUAACGCUUAGUCCCUUUAUCCCAAUAGCCAAGUAGAGAGGUAGCUCACGCAAUACAGUUGUUGAGAUCUGCACAAUUAAUAUGCAAAAGUUCACAAUAUAUUUGUGGCAAUAAUGUAUGCGCUUGCGGCACCAUGUUUCACAGAACGCUAUACAUGUAUAGACACUGUAUAUGAGACUCAGUGUUUGUGGGGUAGUUAGAAUAUGAGACACGUCUCAUGGCUUUAUCAUUGCCAUCUCACCAUUGAUUAGGAAUGUGUAUCAGAUCUUGAUUAUAUUUGCACGUCAUAAAUAAACAGGUAAAUUGGCAUCUUAUAUAUGAAAAAGAACAGCACAAGAACAGACUCUACAGCGAAAGGUGUGGGAAUGUGAGGUGACUACUGCUCUGAUAUCUGUGAGAUCUCGUCAUAAAGGCGGUGACGUGGGUGUUUUUUUUUUUCUCCUCGAAGACUUUAUUAGCUGCUCCGAUGUGAUGAAUGGAGCCGGACUCGCCGGUAAAAUAAUGUGACUCUUGUGCUCUGCUGGGCUUCUUGUGGGAGUGCUGUGAUGUGAAGCGAAGGCAGUGAUGAGUAGAUGUUGGACAGUUUAUUACACGAUGACUAAAGCUUUCGGACUGUCAUCCGCUGCAAUCUAAAUUUCUUUGGGUCGCUCUGCCCUGUCUCACAUUGUGCUAACAUCCACCGUGAAGGAAUGAAUAGUUAGGAUUAGCUGGUUGUUUGUAGUAGAAACCAAACGUCUAAGGUGUGUUUUGCACUUCUCACAGGGGGACGAGUGAGAGGACAGGGGGAAAUGGGUGCCUGCCACAACCUCUUCACACACAUUUCUUACAGCUGCAUACAUGAUAACAGGAACUUCAAUACAGGAACUGUCUGCACUGAGUUACACACCAAUAUGACAUCUACUGUAGAAGACAUUAGUGCUGUUGCCAGGGCGGUCAACCUGCAGUAUGGGUAGACCCAUCAAUAUGCAUACUCAUCUUUUUCCUCUGGGGCAUUCAGUAAACUCGCACUUCAGCUUCCAAUUAUCUCUUGGUGGACAUAAUAAAUCCUCCAUCUCAUUAUCAAGAAUCCGCUUUUAAUGGCCAAGUAUGUGCACACGUGGUUUGUCGUUGAAGCAGGUCGGCUCAAGGUUGUUCAGAGUAACUCAAGCACACUAAAAAUGCAUCCAAAAGCACUUUAAAGACUCGUAGCACGAGUGCGUGUGAGAGCAUGUAAUAUGUUGUGACACAGCUCUGCAGGUUUUCACCUGUAUAGAUUUUCACAUUGAGACGGCCUCUGCGGUGGUAAAAAAUUUCUCACAAUUUAAUGCAGUUUAAAAAAAACAAAACAAAAAAAAAGAGAUGGACUUUGGUUGUAAUGUGUGAAAUGAGAUGUUAUAAUGAAUUAAAAAAAACA